GGCGAGGAGACGUCGGUGGUCCGCCAUUUUGUGGACGCCGAGUUGGCGAGAGGGUCUGCAAGAGCUGAGUCGGAGGGGAACCGGGAGACCCGUUGGGACCGUUUGGAUUUGAGCCUCCACAUUUCUGUCCCCGAAUCUCGAGAUGCAUCGUGAUUCCUGCCCACUGGACUGUAAGGUGUAUGUAGGGAAUCUUGGCAACAAUGGCAACAAGACUGAGCUGGAACGGGCUUUCGGCUAUUACGGACCACUGCGAAGUGUGUGGGUUGCUAGGAACCCUCCUGGCUUUGCUUUUGUUGAAUUUGAGGAUCCCCGAGAUGCAGCUGAUGCUGUCCGGGAGCUAGAUGGAAGAACAUUGUGUGGCUGCCGAGUCCGGGUGGAACUGUCCAAUGGAGAAAAAAGAAGUCGAAAUCGUGGCCCUCCUCCUUCUUGGGGUCGUCGCCCACGAGAUGAUUACCGCAGGAGGAGUCCUCCCCCUCGCCGCAGAUCUCCACGGAGGAGAAGUUUUUCUCGCAGCCGGAGCAGGUCUCUUUCUAGAGAUCGGAGGAGAGAGAGAUCCCUGUCUAGGGAGAGAAAUCACAAGCCGUCCCGGUCCUUCUCUAGGUCUCGCAGCCGAUCUAGGUCAAAUGAAAGGAAAUAGAAGACCAGUUUGCAAGAGAAGUGGUGUACAGAAAUUAACUUCAUUCGACGGGAGUAUGUACAGAAAAUUCAAGUUUUGUUUGAGACUUCAUAAGCUUGGUGCAUUUUUAAGAUGUUUUAGCUGUUCACCUUUGUCUCUUGGAAGUGACACAAGGAUGUAAUUCUCUAUGGUUUGAGAUGGAUCAUAUGAGGCAUGUAAUACCAAGAAUUGUUACUUUACAAUGUUCCCUUAAGCAAAAUUAAAUUUGCUUUGAACUUUAGUUUUGCACAGAUGGAAAAUAAAUCUCUAAAUUCUACCCAGCUAAAGUGUGAUGUUCUAACGUUACAGAAACAGACUUGUUUCACAGCUGGGAUGAUAGUGUGCAGCUGUAGGUAAACGUAGGCUCAAAGCAGCUGUGAACAUGCCAGCAGGUACAGAUAAAGGCCACGCCUGGAGCUAGGCGAGAGUUGGUUUAAAACGGAACUGUGUUUACCCUGGGCAGAGUUUGCCUGGUUGGUAUAGAAUCAGAUAAAUUUCAAGAAAGUUUAACCUUUGCCUUGGUCACACGCUCGUUAUGUGAUGCUGUAUAUGAGGACAUAGCUGUUUGAGAUAUUAUUUGAAACCUGAGAUUUCAAAGUAGCAAUGUCCUGCCAGUUUAAGGGUACAUUGUAGAGCUGAACUUUGCUUUACUGUGCAAGAUUUUUUUCAUGCUGUCAUUUGUAAUAUGUUUUGUGAGACUCUUUGGGAUUAAAGUUUUGGUUACAAAUUGUUAUUUAAUUUGGAAGCCUGUUUUUCCUUGCAAACUUAAAAUAUAUAAGCUUGGUACCAAGUCCAGGUAUAUAUAACAUUCCUAUUAGAAGCCAUACUUAUAUUUUCUUGUAAAGUGCUUUUGAAUUAAUAAAAUAGCAUACCUGUGAGUCAGUUGAACCCAUUGUUAGCAUUGUUCCAUCCCGUGGAGUGCAGUUGGUUACACAAUCCUGAGUUUACAAGAAACAUCUGACAGGCACGGUGGAUUAGUCUAACAUGAAGGAAGUUUUGGUUAUCUAAGUGAUGAUUAGUAGUUACCCAGUUUUUAGGAAAUUGAAGCCAUUUCGGGAUCCAUCAUACUCAGUAACUGACGUUUUAAAGUAAUCAGCAACCUGGUAUAUUGUAACCCACAUGAAGCUGCCCAUAAAAAAUGGUUUUUAUCUUUAGCAUGAAAAUUCUCCACAGUUUAAAAAUUUGCUUCCAUUUUAUGAUUUGAGAUGUUGCAUGGGAAUUCCAAGCUGAUCCUUCGUGUAAAAUUUCACAAUACUGGUUCAAAUGUAAUGGUGCAGAAUGGAAUGUGGAGGCAUGUAAACCUUCCUCUUAGAAACCUGGAAGAGUUGUAAUUUCAAAUUUUUGUGCAAUUAGAUUAAAUCAUAAUGCAACAG